AGGCGUCCGGCAAAUGGAUGUCGUGUUCGCUGACUCGCGACCACAAGCCUGAGUCGCCCCGAGAGAAGCGCCGCAUAGAGGCUGCCGGCGGACAAGUGAUGAACAAGUCUGGUGUGGAUCGGGUCGUAUGGAACCGACCCAAGUUGGGCCAUAAGGGACCCAUUAGGCGCAGUACGAGCUUCGAUCAGAUCCCGUUCCUGGCUGUGGCCCGAUCUCUAGGUGAUUUGUGGUCCUUUAACUCACAACUCAAUACAUUCAUCGUUAGUCCCGAACCUGACCUCAAAUGCAUUCCCAUCGACGCUAACGACCAGUGCUUACUGUUGGCGAGCGAUGGUCUGUGGAAUAUGAUGACCACUCAGACGGCCGUCAAAGUGCUGCAGGAGGUGGAGGAGGACCAGUACAGCCCCGAACUCUUGGAGGCCAUCUUUGACGCCGGCUCCGCACGACUCAGCCCUUCACGAGCUUUGGUCCACUUCUGUCUGAAUCGAUGGUAUCAGUCGAGGUUCAGAGCGGACAACACCACUGUCUUAGCCGUUAUGCUGGAAGACAAUCAGGGCAUUGAACUCAUGAAAAGCAAUCAAAACCUGCCGAUGAAUGCGCUCUUCAGUGAUAGCGAAGAGGAAGAGAGUGAUGACGGCUAUGACGACGCACUCGACGGCAUCGACUUCUUUAACAACUUCUACAACAAUAAGAUUAAUAACGAAAUUAAUAAAGGC